ACCUUUUUUUAACUCCCCUUGUCUCUCUUCGGAGAGAGAGAACCGAAUCACCAAUCGACCGCACAGUGAUCCGCAUCCGCCACUGAGUCCCACCUCGCCGCCGGCGAGGUCCUCGUCGUUGUCCGGCGGCGUCGAUGGAGAGGCCCGCCGCCCUCACGCGGGAGAAGUCGGUGUGGGCUUGGUCCCGGUAGUUACAAUCGGUUGGUGGGGGCGGGGGCAGACAGGACAGGAGAGCGCCGCGGCGAUGAAGGCCCUGCGGCGAUCCAGCACCUCGUCUUCGUCCUCAUCCUCGUCGUCCCCGAGGACGCCAUCCUCGCCGCCGCCGCCUUCGUCGCGGAUCCACCGCCGUUCGCUUCUGCUCGUCGCCUCGUCGGCCUCCUCUUUGGCGGCGUUGGGGAAAUCGGCCGCGGCGGCUUCGGCUUCAGCGUCGCCGUUGCUUACCGCAGAUUCCUCGUCGUCGUCCCCACCGAAUUCGGACCGAGGUGCAAUUAAAUCUCCAUGGUCUCGGAGGAAAAGAAAACAAGCACUCUCUUGUCAAAACUGGAGCCGUCUAUUUUCUGUGAAUGGGAAGUUUCGUGAUGGAGGAAGAAAAUUUCUGAAGAAAGUUCGCAGUGGGGGAAUUGAACCAGGUAUCAGGGCUGAAGUUUGGCCAUUUCUACUUGGAGUCUAUGAUUUAAAUAGUUCUGAAGAGGAAAGAAAUAUCAUCAGGACAAAGAAAAGGAAUGAGUACGAAAAGCUCAGGCGCAAAUGCCAUCAAAUUCUGAACUGCCAAAAGGGAUUUGGGCUAAAGGUUAUAAAUGAAAUCAACAAUGAGGGGUGUUCUCGUGGUGUGCCUUAUCUGCAAGAUGUUAGUGCGAGUGUUUCUGUAUCAGCCAAGGAAUUUAAUUGUUCAGGGAGCGAGGCAAAUAGUCCGGAUAAUGCUGCCUGUGGUGCUGCAGAAUGCAUGGAUGAUGAUACAAGUGAGUUAACUUGUGUAGAUCAAUCUAUGGCAGAAUCAGAAUCUUCUGACUCUGCAUCUUCUGAUGAAGAAGACCACGGGCAGAUAUCCGUCUGUGCUGAUAUAGAAGAGAACGGCGCUCCAGAGCCUAAAUUUGUCAGGAGUACCUCGUCCAAGUCAGACUUCUUUAGAUCUAACAAAACUCCAGAGGAUUUUGCAACAUGGCAGCGCAUUAUACGUCUAGAUGCUAUCCGGGCAAACACAGACUGGGCUUUAUUCUCCUGUAACCAGGCUGAAAUCUCCGAGGAAAAGGCAUUGCAGCGUGCAUUGUCUGUUGGUUUGAAAGAUUAUGACCAUUUAGAGCCUUAUAUGGUAUAUCAUGCUGCCCGGUUAGUUGCAUUGCUUGAGGCAUAUGCACUCUAUGAUCCAGAGAUUGGCUACUGCCAAGGUAUGAGUGACCUGUUGUCACCUAUAAUUGCGGUAAUGAAGGAAGACCAUGAAGCAUUUUGGUGCUUUGUGGGCUUCAUGAAGAAAGCUCGGCACAACUUCAGGCUGGAUGAGGUUGGAAUAAGAAGACAGUUGAAGACUGUCUCCCAGAUAAUCAAGCGCAAAGACUCGCACCUCUAUAGACACCUGCAGAAGCUGCAGGCCGAGGACUGCUUCUUUGUGUACAGAAUGGUGUUGGUCCUCUUCAGGAGAGAGCUCACCUUUGAGCAGACUUUAUGCCUGUGGGAGGUGAUGUGGGCUGAUCAGGCCGCUGUUCGAGCUGGGAUCGGAAGGUCCACUUGGGGAAGGAUAAGGCUCCAUGCUCCUCCAACCGACGAUUUGUUGCUGUAUGCCAUUGCGGCCUGCGUCCUACAGAGGAGGAGGCUGAUCAUCGAGAGGUACAGCAGCAUGGAUGAGAUACUGCGGGAGUGCCAUAGCAUGGCUGGGCAGCUCGACGUCUGGAGGCUGCUUGAUGAUGCGCACGACUUGGUUGUUAACCUCCACAAUAAGAUCUGAUUCAAUCGCUCUUUUCGGAUCAUUUGUAGACCUAAAAAAUUAUGCCCGAGGUAUGUUCUCAGUGAAAGUGAACUUUCAUCUGUUGUUUGUCACCCGGCAUAAAAACCAUUCUAGGUAUAGAGAUUGUUGUAAGUUUAAGUGGAUAAAGUUCCCUUCAAAGAAAAGAGAACAUGGAAGAUCAAGUAUCCCAAGUUCAGCAAAAUACAGUACAUCUUUGGAUGUCCAUAGUUACCAGGUUGCUGCCAUUGUAAACAGUCGGUUGUUUAAUUUGAUGUAGGGAACUUGCUGUUUUUGCCUUAAAAA